GGGGGCUGCGUGCGCGCCGAGCGCAGGCUGAGGUCGGAGCGCGCCGGCGUGGUGCGGGAGCUGUGCGCGCAGCCAGGACAGGUGGUGGCCCCCGGGGUGGUUCUGGUGCGUCUGGAAGGAUGUAGCCACCCGGUUGUCAUGAAAGGCUUGUGUGCUGAGUGUGGCCAAGACCUAACCCAGCUGCAGAGUAAGAACGGGCAGCAGCAGGUGCCUCUGUCCACGGCCACGGUGUCGAUGGUGCACAGUGUCCCAGAGCUGAUGGUGAGCUCCGAGCAAGCUGAGAAGCUGGGACGGGAAGACCAGCAGCGGCUGCAUCGAAACAGAAAGCUGGUGCUCAUGGUGGACUUGGACCAGACGCUGAUCCACACGACGGAACAACACUGCCAGCAGAUGUCCAACAAAGGCAUCUUUCACUUCCAGCUGGGCCGGGGCGAGCCGAUGCUGCACACCCGUGUGCGUCCUCACUGCAGGGAGUUCCUGGAGAAGAUUGCCAGGCUCUACGAGCUGCACGUCUUCACGUUCGGGAGCCGGCUGUAUGCCCACACCAUCGCAGGUUUUUUAGACCCAGAGAAGAAGCUUUUUUCUCAUCGAAUAUUAUCAAGGGACGAAUGUAUUGACCCGUUUUCUAAAACAGGGAACCUCAGAAAUCUCUUUCCCUGUGGAGACUCAAUGGUUUGCAUUAUUGAUGACCGAGAAGACGUCUGGAAGUUUGCCCCCAAUCUGAUCACCGUGAAGAAAUACGUCUACUUCCAGGGCAUAGGGGACAUCAACGCCCCAUCUGGGUCUCGGGAGUUGCAGGCAAGAAGGAAAGUAAAUCAGUCUCCGAAAGGUGCCGACGUCCCAGAACAAGCUCCGUCCGUCAGGGAGACCGAGGAAGGACGGCAGGUUUCUGGGGUUGAGCAAAGUAAUGGCCUUGGGAAGCCCACGAGGGAGCUCAACGGGGGUGCUUCUCCACGGGGGGACUGGCCCCUGCCUGGGCAGGAGGAGGAGAGAGGCAGCCGGCCUACUGCCCGUGGCCCCUUGGCUGAUGGCAAGGGCCCCCCAGCAUGUGCUCAGCAGCAUGAUCGGACAUUGCCGGAAAAGCGGUCAGCUCAGGGCCCGGCAGGCGGUGACCUGGACUUUGACCUUUCCAGCGACAGCGAGUCAGACGCCCAGUCAUCCUCUGAUGGUGAAAGUGGGGAGAGGAGGAGCCUGGAAAGGCCUCAGGGAGCACGAGAUGCAGGAAAAGUGGCACAGCGGGGCGGCCCCCCUGCCCCAGGAGGGGAGAGGCCCACAGGAGUGAGUCCAUGCGGAGAGUCUGCCCCAGGCUUGCAUCCGGAUGUGCAGGAGGAGGGUGAGCGGGAUGGCCUCUGCGGGCUGGGCGGUGGCUCUGCGGAUAGGAAGGAGGCCGAGACCGAGUCCCAGAACAGCGAGCAGUCGGGCAUCACGGCGGGCGAGUCCCUGGACCAGAGUGUGGAGGAGGAGGAGGAGGAGGAGGAAGACGGGGAUGAGGACGACCACCUGGUCUACCUGGAGGAGAUCCUUGCCCGAGUGCACUCUGACUACUAUGCCAAAUACGAUCGGUACCUGUGUGGGGACAGCCAGGAAGCCCCCGACAUACGGAAGAUCGUCCCAGAGCUCAAGAGCAGAGUGCUGGCGGAUGUUGCCAUAAUAUUUAGUGGGCUGCACCCGACGAAUUUCCCCAUCGAGAAGACGCGGGAGCACUACCACGCCACAGCCCUUGGAGCCAAGAUCCUCACGCAGCUGGUGCUGGACCCAGACAACCCCGACAGGGCCACGCACCUGAUCGCAGCGAGGGCAGGCACAGAGAAGGUGCGCCAGGCCCAGGAGUGCGGGCAGCUACAUGUGGUCAACCCCGACUGGCUGUGGAGCUGCCUGGAGCGCUGGGACCGGGUAGAGGAGCAGCUCUUCCCGCUCAGGGACGACUACGGCAGAGUGCAGAGGGAGGAUGGCCCAGCAGCCUUUCCUGACAGGCAGGGUGCGCUUCCGACUGCCUUGUUCCACCCGACGCCCGUCCACCCCAGGGCCCAGCCUGGGCCAGAAGUUCGCAUCUAUGACGCCAACACGGGCAAGCUCAUCCGGAAAGGUGCUGUGGGCCCCGGGCCCCCUGGCUCCCUGGCGGUCCACACGGAGCACUCCUCCUUCAGGGGCCACAAGCGGAAGCUGCCCGAGGAGGACGCCGGCAGCGCGUCCAGCGGGGAGUCGAGCGGGGAGGACGAGGAGGGCAGCAGCUCGGAGGCGGACGAGAUGGCCGCAGCGCUCGAGGCGGAGCUCAACGACCUCAUGUGACCUGCAGGGCGCAGGGCCGACGUGCACUUGGCGCUCUGUCCCCGGAGGGCUCCAGGCCACGCGGGCCCUCGGAUGUUUCCUUUUUUCCAGAAAGACGUGUAUAUUUGCAGAGCUCCACAUACAGAAACACAUAAUUUUGCAGAAAUAGGUGUUUUUAGAGGUUUUACUACGGAAAGUCUACUUUUCUAAGGGACAGUGUCCCGGGAGGCGGAGUGCCAAAGAUGUUGCUGCGCCCUGCGCAGCCUGUUCGGAGCGGGCGUGCAGGACGCGGGGCAGCAGCCGGGGCAGCCCGAUGGGGGCCGGGCAGCGGGCGGGCGUGCGGGGCUCUCCUCCAGGACACAGAUGUAAAGUUUUUGUAUAUCUAUUUCGCAUUUGACCCACCGAGCAGAUUUCUCUUUCAUUUAAUAAAACUCCUUUUUGUAA